AUGAUUAUAAUAACAAAACCAAUUUUAACAACUAUUUUAAAACAAGGUUUUAAGUUUAGCAAUUCACAAUCAAAUCAAAUUAUUAGAUCAUAUUCAAAAGGUUUACUAUUGGGUCAAAAUGGUUUCGAUUUUAAUAAUAGAAAUAAACAAAUUAUUUCGUUUUCAUCAUUAAAUAAUUGUAAAAAUAUUAAAGGUUUAUCAUUUUUUAGAAUAACAAGACAAUUUUCAUCAUCAAAUACACCAACCAAAAAUAAUAAUAAUAAUAAUAAUAAUAAUGAUAACGAUAAUAAUAAUGACAAUAAUAAUAAUGAAAAUAAAAACGAAAAUGAGGGUGAGGGUGAAAAAGAUGAAAAUAAACUUGAGGAAGUUGAAAUUUCAUCAGAGGAAGCUUCAUCAUUAAGAAAUAAAAGAAAAGAUAAACUUGCAGGUAUGUUUAAUAAACCUAAAGAACCUGUAAAAAAAGAAGAGGAGGCAGCAGCAGCAACAGCAGCAUCAGAACAAGAAGAAGUUCAACAAGAAGAAAAAGAGUCAUCAAAUACUGAGGAAAAUCAAGUUAAAGAGGAGCAAGCUAAAAGUAAUGAUGUCAUUAUUGAACCACAAGUUUUUACAGAUGGUAAAGGUGAAAAGGUUGUUAUUGAAGGUGAUCUUUCAACCUUUUACAUCUACACUAUUUUCUCUGCAUUAUUUGUUGGUACCAUUGGUAUUGCAAUUGCAAAAUUAAUUUCAGAUUGGAGAAAUAGUGCAACUGGUGUACUUGGUAUUCAACAAUUUGAUUUCGUUUUAUUGAUUCAAGAUAUUUAUUUUGGUGAUUUAAAACCUGCAAUGGAAGUUGGUAAUAAAGAAUUCAAUGAAAAAACUAAAAAGAAUUACUUUUUUGAUGAAGCUAAUAUUAAACAUGCAACACUUGGUGAUACAAUUACAUUAAUUAUUCCAAUUUUACAAAAGAAAACAAAUGCAAGAUUAGGACAUGUAAAUGUUGAUUUUUGCAAAGAAGGUAAUGAAAUGACCAUUCAAAAUUUCUAUAUCAAUGCAAUCAAUGGUUAUGUUUAUGACCUUCCAGCACCAAAACAUAAGAUUGACACAACAAAAGAAAGAUACAGUGGUAAAUAUUCAUUAGAAGAAUUAUUGGCUGAUCCAACACUUUAA